GCGUCCAACUUUUUCCCUGAGCGCAACAGCCUCCAAAGCGCGCAUAGCAACAGAGUGCUUGACCAUGAAACACAUUUUAAACUUUGCUAGUUAACUUGCGAUGGCUAAUGUCUAAUUAUUGAAGAGAGAGAGAGAGAGAGAGAGAGAGAGAGAGAGAGAGAGAGAGAGAGAGAGAGAGAGAGAGAGACAUCAACAACAACAACAACAACAAACAUACAUAGUAGUUCAUAUUUAUGCUGCAUUUAGGAGUCUUGUUUUUGCAUUGAGACAUUUUUGUAGAUGGGCAUGGCUUUACUAUGGGUUUCCCCGGUGAGUUUUCUUCACGCCUGGCUUACCCUGGCAAUCUGUGGCCAGUAUACGUUGGCUUUUUACGUCGCUGGACAACAACUAGAGACGACCUGUGAGGCGAACGGCAGCGUCUAUUAUGUGGGCGAAUGGUACUUUUUAGACUCUGAUCAUUGUACCCAGUGUGAAUGUACCACAGAAGGGUCUGCCUGCGCGAGGACCGAGUGCACAUCCCUACCGGCCGCCUGCAUCCAUGUCAGCCAUUACCCGACAGACUGCUGCCCGACAUGCGAGAAAAUCGGCUGCGAGUACCGGGGAGAAGUGUAUAAACUGGGACAUCAGUUUCAGCCAUCAGAAUGUGAGCAGUGCACCUGUGACAGUGAUGGAAUCGCCCGUUGUCUGGUAGCAGACUGUGCUCCCCCACCAUGUGUUAAUCCAGUGUAUCAGAAAGGCAGAUGCUGUCCUGAGUGCAAGGAUGGGCCCAACUGCUAUGUAGAUGCCUCUAGGACCCAGGUGAUCCCUGGAGGAGAGCCAGUAUGGGUUGACUCCUGUACCAAAUGUCGAUGUCAUGAUGGGCAGGAUGCAGGUUACUGGGAGGGCAACCGCUUGGCAACGUGUUCCCGUGUCCGAAACUGCCAGCCUGAAGAGGGGCUAAACUGAGGAAAGAGGUCACAAUAUAGGGACAUCUGUCAUUCUGAUUUAUACAACAUUGCACAAACUGUCUCAGUAGAUAUCUAAACCACACUUACUGAAGAAGAAUAUAUAGCCUACAAGCUUAGGACUGUAAGAUUAAACAUAUACUGUAAACAAACAAGAAACAAGUUUAAACUUCAUUGUUAGUCUAUCAUUAAUCUCACUUUAACCAAUUAACAUACCAGUCCUUAAUGUAAAAGGAAUCAGUAUAAUCUUGUUUUGACUUACUAUGGGAUAUUCCCUAAUAAAAUAGAACAUAGAGCUUAGAUUUGAGACUCAUUUUUGUCAUGGUUAGCAAUAGCACAGUAAGCAUAUUACAUUUGCAGUACAGGCCUACAGUUCAAAUGCAUUUUUGUAGCUACAGUAAAGUUGUUUUAAAAAGAAUUGACAUUGGACAUUGUGUUGUACAUGUUUGCCAUGCCUUAAAACAGCAGAUUUUAGGAUAAUCCACUCAUUUUUAUUAUUCAUUUUGUAUUGGUGUUUUUAUAUGAAGUAGCAUGUACUGUAUGUUUAUAUUCUUUUCUGCGUACAAAGUCUGGAAACCAAAGUAUGUUGACACUGUGACGUACAUUACUGCCAUGCAGGCAUGGACACAGCUAAUGUAGCAUGAAAUACAAACAAGCUAACUUGUCCUAAAUGAAUCAUGUAUUAAUGUGAUGAGGAGGAGGGUGUGGCCAGGCCGAAAAGAUGGACGCCCGGCCACGCCCUCCUCCUCGUCACACUUAAUAAACCAGGUCCAUUUUUGUUUUAUGUCUGUUCUGCCAGUUAUUUUGAGUGGUGUGGUAAUGUUACUUCUUUUUUUUUUUUUUCAGCAAUGCCACAGAAUGUACCCAAAUAUAAAUAAACCACAAGUGAUCCA